UAUAGGACCUCUAGGUGGUGAAGCCUGCGGCUUCUAUAAUCUUCGCUUCUAAUUUUCUGGCUGCGCUGAGAAGAUGAGUUUGGAGUAACAGCUGAUCACAAAUAAAGUAAAACCUGAAUGCAGCUCCAAGAAAUCAGAUUUUAGCGCGUCACCAGAGGAGUCUCCAACAGCCAAGCGCACCAAUCCUGACCGAUCCAUCAAUUGACAUACACGAACGACGCUGUUCCAAAUUUCAAAGGAUUCCGGUUUUAACCAUUUCAUUCAGUCGCGCUCUGGAUUUAAACUUGCUCGGUAUUGUUUCUAGAUACGUUGAUCCGUGCAUCGUUACUAAUCGUAAUUUUCUCGGCAGCUUACUAGAAUUACUAGUAGAUUUGAUAAUGAAACAGAGACCAAACGAUUUUACUACGAAUCUUUUACAAACAUGAAUGAAAGCUGAAGUACUAGUAUGCCUUUGCCUCUAGAAGAUCAAUUUUUGGAUGAACAAAGUACAUAAUAUUGCAACUGCAGCUAUCAGAGAGAUACCAAAUUUUUAUCGUUAUCCGAUUUGAUUUUUUCUGACAAAUGUUUAUGGCUUGUCGCUUCUCUUUAUGGCAGGUCACUUUAAUUUAUCAUGAUCCAUGUGACUCAGUUUAUGAUAUCAUACGCCAGUUACUGGAUAUGACCUGUUCUGUUUAAGUUUGGUUAAAUUAUUUAAGUGAGGUAACUGAUCAGAUAGGUAUAUGAAAAAGUGUAAACAAUUUUUGCGGUCUACGGGCGAGUGAAGUGUAAGCUCAUCAAAACUGAAAAGUUCAAACGGGAUUCAAUAAUACAGUUCAUAAUUUGCAUUCCGAAUGGAGAUUCCCAGACUACCACUCAGUUGCUCGCCCAAAGUUAAACAAGUUUUGGAUUGCGCGCUGUUGGCUCCUGUGAAAACGGAGAGACAGAUCUGGGAAAAUUCUAUGCUAGAAGAUGAUCCCAAUGCGAACUGCUCAGUUGUUCCGGAGAAGAAAGAAAGCGGUCCCAGAUGGGGUCCUGAGCAUCGCGGCGCUCAAGAGUUAGCCAAUUUAUAUAGUAGGGGUAAACGAAUUCAAGAAUGCAUCUGUGUAGCAGUUUGCCUCACGCUGAUGGCUGUGAAUUCUGUGUUCAUUUUGGCACAUAUAAAAAUCGAAAAACUUAGUAGCAUAGUGGCGGCGGCAUUUUUCGGAAUUCUCACGGCCGACUUUUGUUCGGGAUUUGUGCAUUGGGCUGCCGAUACCUGGGGAUCUGUAGAAUUACCAAUCAUAGGAAAAAAUUUUCUCCGUCCAUUUCGUGAACAUCAUAUCGAUCCUACGUCGAUAACUCGUCACGAUUUCAUUGAAACAAACGGCGAUAACUUCAUGGUAACCAUCCCAUUUUUGGGACGAAUGGUAUGGGAUUUUCUCACCUUACCGGAAGACGACGUCCAGAAAAAAUUCGCAUGGAACUGUUACGUAUUUUUAUUGGCCAUUUUUGUGGCUAUGACAAAUCAAAUUCAUAAAUGGUCGCACACUUACUUCAGUCUGCCGUUGUGGGUGGUUUUUCUUCAAGACUGGCAUAUAAUUCUACCUAGACGCCACCAUAGAAUACAUCACGUUGCACCACAUGAAACCUAUUUCUGCAUCACUACGGGAUGGUUAAAUUGGCCAAUGGAAAAGCUCCGAUUUUGGAGCGCUUUGGAGUAUCUUAUAGAGUUGACUACUGGAUAUAAACCUAGAGCUGACGAUCUUAAAUGGGCCGAAAAAAGGAAUUAGAUGUGGUGCGACCCAGAACUUUUGAAACAUUUAAGUUCCGAAUUAGAGCAGUGGGGAUUUAAUUCAAUGUGUAAAGUUUUCGCUUCUGCGUUAGCUUCUUAUGGAUAACUGAGAAGCGAGCAGGACCAGUAAUCAGUAAUCAUGGUAUACCUGAUACCAUGAAAUUCUCCAAGUAGACCUUAUAAAUGAACAGUAAAUUAUAAUAUAGAGUUAUUGGGUCCAAUUCAGCUAAAAUUUAUUACUUAAAGAAAGUAUAACUUUUUUAAAUGCAUUUUCAUAAUUCAACAAUUGCCGCAAUUUUUUAUUAGGUAGAUUUCACUGGUAAAUUUGCAUUAAAUUUAUAUUUUCCGUCUUAAGGGACGGGACUUUGUGUCUUAGUAAAGCCACAUAAUGCAUUGUAUGAAGCGUCUUUAAAUGUAAUACUCGUACUUGAUUAUGAGUUAAUAAGCAAAAUAGCGGCCAUUGAUGUAUGGUUGCUUUAGGUACAUUAGCAUUCCGUUUCCGUAAGUUCCUUUAAUUUUAAGUGUGCAAAGUAUCAAAUACAGCAAAACUGAGAAAAUUUCAUUUUUAAAGAA